AUGGCAACGUACAAAGCUGCUGUUCUCAGCUCACUUGACAAACCGCUCGAACUCUCUGAGCGUCCUAUCCCCACGGCCGUCCAAGGCAGCGUUGUGGUCAAAGUCUUGGCUACCUAUGUCCUACCUUAUCUCAAAGCUGUCCUAGAAGGCAAGAUCCCGUAUGCCAUCUCCCUGCCAAUUGUCCCUUGCGCCAGUGCCAUUGCUCGUGUUCACAGCGUUGGCAAAGACGCAACUGUUCUCAAACCAGGACAGCUUGUGCUCUGCGACAUGACUAUCCGCGCCAGGGACGAACCUUCAAACGUUGUGCUGCAAGGGCUACACGCUGGUGCUACGCUGGAUCUGAUGGCACAGUGGUCUGAUGGAAGCUUUGCAGAGUACGCCACGUUCCCUAUGGAAAGCGUGUUUGCUCUUGAUGAAGCUAGGCUCUGUGGUGACUUGGGAUAUACGGUCGAAGACUUGUGUCUCGUGCCUAUUUGCAAUGUCCCGUUCGGUGGUCUCGCAACCAUUGAUGUACAGCCUGGAGAAACUGUGAUUAUCGCGCCAGCUACAGGGAAAUUUGGUGGCGCUGCCGUGCUCACAGCUCUCGCUAUGGGGGCGAGAGUUAUUGCCGCUGGACGUACGGCAGAAAAGUUGAAGAACUUGGAAGAGUCAUUCAAAAGUAUUGGUCGUCUCCAGACUGUGGUUUUGAGUGGUGAUUCAGAGCAAGAUGCGAAUGCGAUAAGACAGCUCGCUGGACCGGCGGGAGUAGACUGCUACGUGGACUUUAGUCCAGCUGGAGCCGCGGCUUCUACUCACGUAAAAACAUGUCUGAGCGUGCUUCGACCACAUGGACGAGCUGUUUUCAAUGGCGGAAGCAUGGGUGAUGUGUCCAUCUCCUACUUGGAUCUCAUGUUGAGGAGUCUCCGGCUCUAUGGUCGCUACAUGUAUGAGCGUAGCCACACGGUCCGUCUGAUUAAGAUGGUGGAGGCAGGACUUCUUCCACUUGGGGAGAAAGUCGGCGUUUCUACAGUUGGUAAAUUCAACAUGAGCCAAGUUCAUGAUGCGUUGGAAUUGGCUGAGAGGGAGCCCGGUUGGGGGAGACAAGUGCUGUUGCUGCCAUAG